GCAGAUUGCAUUCCAUACAGAUCUACCCCGUUGUUUUAAGUGUUUUGAACUCUUUGCUCUUUCCCUUGUAAUGUCCUAUGAGCUGGCAGCAAUUUGUAGAUGAGAGCUUGCUCGGCACAAGUCAAGUGGCCAAAGCUUCAAUUCAUGGUCUAAAUGGCGAGCGGUACGCUUCUAGCUCAGGAUUUGUGGUUCUUCCAAGCGAAGCCCAAGUUUUGAUUGCUGCAAUCACCAAAGACCCAAGCCCGACAUACUACAAAGGAGUGUGCCUUAAUCGAACCAAGUACUUUGUGAUUAGAGUCGACCCAGGCCACUCCCUCUACUGCCGCAAGGGGAAUGAGGGCGCGGUUGCAGUCCUUACAAGCCAGUGUCUGUUGAUAGGGGCCUACAGUGAAGGGAUGACUCCUGGUUGUUGUUCUGCUGUGACCGAAAAACUUGCAGAUUACUUUAGAGUUAAUGGGUUUUGACCCAGCAUAGAUGAUAGUUAUUCAGUUCAGUUUAAACCAUCACUCAGAUGUACCCAGCAUGAUUUGGUUCAGGCAUCACCAUGCAUAUUUAUUAUGAUGAAGGGGAACAAAGAGAUUUUCACCAAGAAGUAUAAAUUUAGAUUUAUGACUAUUACUUAAUUAAGAUGCAGGUAAACCAGAGGACUUUGUCUUGGGGAUAAGGGCAGAGAAAUGGUUCUGUAUUUAAAAUAGUUGUGUAAAUAAUUUUUCAAUAAAAAGAAAAUGAUUAAACUGUAAA